UAACUUUGACAAAAGAAUCACAUUUUUUAUUAAACAGUGGGGCUGUCUUUCGGCAAGCUUUUCAGUCGGCUUUUCGCCAAGAAAGAAUACUCAUACUGAUGGUGGGUCUUGAUGCUGCUGGUAAAACGACCAUUUUGUACAAAAUCAAACUGGGAGAGAUCGUCACCAACAUUCCUACCAUCGGUUUCAAUGUGGAGACCGUGGAAUACAAGAACAUUAGCUUUACCGUUUGGGGGGUUAGGAUAAGAUUCGUCCUUUGUGGAGACACUACUUCCAAAACACCCUGGGACUCAUCUUUGUGGUUGAUAGCAAUGACAGAGAUCAUGUAGUGGAAGCUAAGGAUGAGCUUCACAGGAAGUUGAAUGAGGUAGAUUUCAAGUGUUUCUUCUGAUUUUGAUGGAACAAUUUAUCGCAUCAAGUAGUAUUUCCCCACAUUGUGGGGUGAGAAACAAAAGUGUGCCUGAUUCCUCCCUAAAUGGAACAAGCUAUAAGGAGACUCAGCUUUAAGAUUGCCCUCACCUUUGCAGAAUGAAUUGAGGGAUGCUGUAUUCAGGGGCGGCCCAAGGGUCAAGCCACUAAAGCAAAGGUUUUAGGCCCCCAAAUUUUGAAGGCCCCAAAUUUUUCUCAUUGUUUUCUACUCGUAUUUGUAUUGAGCCCCCGACUAAUCAAGAUUCGUAUCGCAUAAGGCUUAGUAAAAGAGAGAACACAUUUUAACAAGAUUUAAUUCAACCACAUGACUCGAAUCCAAUAUAAGGUAAGUUGGAUCAUAUACAUCUCACAACAAUCUUUAGAGGUAAGGUCUAAAUAUAUUGGGUAUGUUAACAUUAAAAAAAAAAUUAUUUCAUAAAAAGUAAAUAUAACUUUUAAUUUAGUAACCGUUUAAGCAAAAAUAGGAGAAAGAGAAUCACUUCCCCUAAACCGUCGUCGCGAAUAUAAAACUUUUCAUUAUAUAUAUUUGACGAUUGACAUCAUUAGUGAGGUACCUAUAUUAUUAUUCUCCUUUUACAUUUCUCACUAAAAAAGUGCAAUUCAAUAGUCCAAGUCUUAUUUUUUAUCUUUCUCAU